AGAAGAAAACAAGGGUAGACUCUGAGCAAAGCUGCCCUCAUCCUGAGCGUGAACUCGCUGGCCCCUGGGGUCUGGGUGACUGGCAAUGAGCCCUGUGAUGUCAGCAUUCAUGAGGGAGCUCCCCGGCUUGUUCCUGCUUGCUGGGGUCUUCCUACCUGUGACCUUGCUGCUGCUUCUUCUCAUCGCCUACUUCAGGAUCAAACUGAUGGAGGUUAACGAAGAACUGUCGCAGAACCCCCAUCACCAGCAGAAACGCAAACCUGGCUCUUACCUAUACCAGCGGACGAAAAGAACGUGACUUGGGGACUGAUCCAUGGCUAAAGCGCAGCGAAUUUCUACUGGUCAGAGAGCAACGGUCAAUGGCUUAGCUAAUGAAAUAAGUUCAUAAAUUCAAACAACAGCACAAAUGGAAUACUGAAAAGCUUGUUCUGAACCACUUUGCAAAGUGGCAGCUAUUACCCAGGGGUACAUCUACGAGACUCAGUUAAAUAGCAGUUCGUUGGAGAGUACCAAGAAUAUAAGAUUCUCUUGGAUGUGCACUAUGGACUGGACGCUUGGCAACUUUUUAACUUUUAUAGGACUCUGUCUACUCUGAAGGACACUAUUUUUUUAAGUAAAAUUCUUAAGUAUCCUUAUUACAUAAUCCCAUGGAAGUGUACAUCAUUCUGAUUUUAUAGAUGAAGAAAUUCUGGUAGAGAGCAAACGGAGAGCAAAAGACAAGUGCCUUGAGAGCACUGUGGAUUCCCUCUGCGAGAGCAUUCCUACUUCCUCCACCUGCCGCACGGCAACUCUAAAAUGGCGCCCUUCCAGGCAUCACUUCCGGCCCUGAGUUUGCUUCUCUCCCUUUCCCAGCUACCUUCACAAAUCACACCACCCUUGCGAUGACCCACAGAACAAGUGGAGUCUCUCCAUACUAGAUAUGGAUCACCCAUGAAGGCAGCUUUCGUGCAAGCAAUGGCUUGGGAAUACUGGCAAUUUGCUGGUGGGCAAAGGGAAGAAGAGGGCAUUCAUGUAACUCAGACGGAGAAUAGCUCAAGCGUUUGCCUCUAAAACCAAAACAUCAGGGAGCUAUUUCUCAAUACGGAAAGAAGUCAACAUUUCACUAGCAAAAUUCUUUUCUCAGUGGGAGCCCCAAGGAGCCAACAUAGAUAACCAAAAAGAAACACUUAAUCCAAAGUGGUCAUUAAAGUAGAUUGAGU